AUGUCGGUCGCUCAAAUGCCGGGAUCGCUCAAGUGUGAGGGUGAGGCUUCAAAUACUGAACCAUCAUCUAUUCAAUCGAAUAUUAAUGAAAAUUGUUCAUUAUCCACAACAAGAAUAACAACAACAAAUGACGAUAAAAAACGUACAUAUCAAAAAUGGUAUUCAAAAGACUAUAAGUGGCUUGUAUAUGAACCAAAUAACGGUGGAUUUUGUUGUAUAUGUCGUGAUUACUGGAAACCAACAAUACCAUCCUAUUUUGAGAUGAAUACAAGAACUAGAGGUGUUUUUACUAUACAACCGUUUGUCAAUUGGAAAUGUGCACCUGGUCGAAGUGGACGUUUAGAAAAACACCAACAAUCUGCUUAUCAUACAAUAGCUGUACAAAAUUUAUCAUUUAGGCAGCAAGAAGGAUCAGUAGCACAACAAUUAUUUAAUGUUAAUGAAUUAGAACGUCAAGAAAAUCGUCAUAGAUUUGGCACAGAUAUAAAUCACUAUCAAAACUUAUCAAUUUGUAUACGUUAUUGUAAUCAAGAUACAGGUGAACCAACAGAAUCAUAUAUUAGUUUAUUAAAAAUAAAAGAUAAAGAUGCACAAACAAUAUUUGAUACCAUUGUUAAAGAAUUAAAAUCUAAAAAUAUUGAUAUGACAAAAAUUCGUUUUACUGGUUUUGAUGGUGCAUCAGUUUUUAGUGGAGAAUGUAAUGGUGUAUCAGCAAAAUUUCGACAAAUAUAUUCAAAUUCAAUAUUAUUUAUCCAUUGUCGUGCUCAUAUAUUACAAUUAUGUUUAUUAUCAGCGUGUGAAGAUAUACCUGAAGUAAAAGAAAGUUUAUUAACAUUGAAAUCAUUAUUCAAUUUUAUUAAUCGGUCAUCAACUAGAUUAGUACGUUUUAAUGAUAUUCAAACAUUAUUAAAACAUCCACAAUUAAAAUUAAUUCAACCUGGUGAUACACGAUGUCUAUCAUAUUCUCGUUCUAUUAAUGCUGUUAUUCGCUACGAUGCUUGUCUCAAUCAUUCAUCAUCACACAAAAAAUGCUUCCGAUUAAAAGAAUCAUUUUAUCUAUUCUCAUCUUGA